AUGUGUGUACAGGUUCUUCAAUCGUUCGACGUCAGUGCACUGUCGCAAUUAUACGGUGACAUCGACGACGUUGACUUGUUCGUUCUUGGACUGGCAGAGAAACCNAAACCGCCAAGAGGUGCUCUUGUUGGACCAACAUUCGCCUGCAUCAUUGGGAAACAGUUCCAAAAGACACGUCGUGGUGAUCGAUUCUGGUAUGAGAAUUUCUUUGUGCCGUCAGCGUUCACGCUCGAACAACUAAAUGAAAUUCGACGAAUCUCGCUGGCAAGAAUUGUUUGUGAUAACACCGAUCAACUCACAAAAAUACAGCCAAAUGUGUUCGCAUUAGCUGAUGAAUUCGGUAACUGCGAGAUGCCGUGUAAUUCAACGAUAAUUGAUCAAGUCGACUACUCACAAUGGAUCGAUCAAGAGCCACGUCUCAAACUGCCGAUCACGAAAGAAACGCUCGAAAAAGCGAUUCGUCUUGGUGCAGAAACUGCAAAGCGAUUGAAUGCCGCUGAAGCAGUACGAAUUCGGAAGCAA